AAAGAUCUCUUCAGAGAUCCCAAAGUUAGAAAAUCCCUGGAGGUCAGGCCGCACAAAUCAUGAAUUUACCUCAGUGGCUAAGCUGUAACCAACUUCCUCAAAGCACCCCUGUAUCCCAGAGAUCUAUGUUGAAGCGAAGAGUGUGGUCGCUACUCUCUGCCCAUCUAAGGGCGGAGCGUUCGACUCGUCCGCUGUCUGCUCGCCCCCGCCCUGUCGCAGAGAAUUCAUUAUGUAAGGUCGUCACUCCCGAGCUUCCUGGUUUCAGGUCGUCACUCCGAAGUUUCCUGCUUCCAGCACGUCACUACCGAGCUUCCUGGUUUCAGGUCGUCACUCCUGAGCUUCCUGGUUCCAGGUCGUCACUACUGAGCUUCAUACUUCCAGAGUUGGAGGAAGAUGCCAUGGAAUCAACUUCUCCUAACCCAGAUUUGGGAGAUAAAGAGAAACCUAACCCAUUAUUUCUGGAGAAUAGAGAAGGAAGGGGAAGACACAAAUAAAAUUUGAGAUUUUUUUAGGAAUUAUAUAUUUUUAUGUGGGGUCCAGUUGAUGUGUAAUGUGAAAAAAUAUAUUUUUAUGUGAGGUCCAGUUGAUGUGUAAUGUAAAAAAAAAAAAAAAAGGGCUAAAAUCGCCGCAUAGGAUUAAAAUGGGUGAGAAUAG